GUUGGAAGGAAUGUUCUUUUAGUUAGGAUAAAUGUCUUAGCCAGACCUCUCGAAUCUUAAAUAUUAAUUAUUUUGCCACCACAAACGAACGGGUUUGGUUUUGUUAUUACUGGUGUAAAUUAAUAAAACCUGGUUUUGGCUCAAAUGCCAGUUUUUUUCUUUGCUUUUAAUAUAUGUAACAAUGUAAGGAUGAUGUUGGCAACAGUUACUCUCCUUUAUUGAGUCAGAUGAUUCACAUUUAUUCUACUCUAUCUGUGAAGUUUCUAAUUUAGCAGACUGGGACUGGCAAUGCAGACUUUCUCAGUGUCAGAAACUUCACUUUUUGAUGACUUUUCUGAAAGGGGGGGGGGGGGGGGGAAUGAAAUGCUGCCUUUCAUUUUAAAUGGAGCAUUUGCAGGAAGGCUUUGCAGUUUUAGAUCCAAAAGCCUUUGCCUCCAGCCUGUUAGGAGCCGUAAGGCUUCCAGCGUGACGAGGAGAAGUGCCAAACCAUGGAAUAUUCAGUAGGAGAAGGGGAUCUAAGAGAUUCCUGCGACCAUGAAGUCUGCAAGGAUUUUAAGUUCACCGUGGAAAUGUGCCAGCAGCUUCCCUUGAGCAGUGAAAAGUGAAUUUCUGUCUUCCAGUCACACUUAUUUAUUUAAUCCAGCUGAUGUGGUUAUGAAUGAAGGAGCCGGGCACCUGUUCCGGGGAUAUGAUCUGCUGCACGACAAAACCUUCAGAGUUUGCCAUUUCACUCGUGGAGAAGAUGCAGGCUCAGGAAAUCUUGCGGAGCUUGCGGCUCCCCGAAUUCGACGAUCUCAGCCAGUUUUUCCGCAACCUGCCGGCCACGGCGCUGGUGGGCAUCGGUGCCUUUGCAGCCGUCAUCGCCUACUGGUUUGCCAGCCGGCCCAGGGCCGUGAAGCCACCCUGCGACCUGCGGAUGCAGUCGGAGGAAGUUGAGGGCCUGGCUGGGGCACGCCGGUCGGUGAUCGGGGACAGCCCACAGCUGCUGACGCACUACUACGACGAUGCCAGGACCAUGUACGAGGUCUUCAGGAGGGGAUUCAGCAUCUCCGAAAACGGCCCCUGCCUGGGGUUCAGGAAGCCCAAGCAGCCCUACCAGUGGCUGUCCUACAAGGAGGUGGCUGAAAGAGCAGAAGCUCUGGGUUCAGGGCUUCUUCAGCAGGGCUGCAAGCCAUCCACAAAGCAGUUCAUUGGGGUCUUUGCUCAAAACCGUCCAGAGUGGAUCAUUUCUGAGCUGGCUUGCUACACCUACUCCAUGGUGGUAGUUCCUCUCUACGAUACUUUGGGUCCUGGGGCCAUUCGUUACAUCGUCAACACAGCUGACAUUUCCACGGUCAUUUGUGACAAACCUGAAAAAGCCAGAAUACUCCUUGACCAUGUGGAGAGGAGAGAAACGCCAGGUCUGAGCUCCAUAAUCCUGAUGGACCCAUUUGAGAAGGAGCUGACGGAGCGAGGGAGUCGCUGUGGGGUUCGCAUCCAGACCAUGCAAGAGGUGGAGGACUGUGGCCUUGAGAGUCGACACGUGCCUGUGCCUCCUCGACCAGAAGAUCUAUCAAUUGUCUGUUUUACUAGUGGCACUACAGGAAACCCCAAAGGUGCUAUGCUGACCCAUGGGAACGUGGUUGCUGAUUUUUCAGGCUUUUUGAAAGUGACGGAGAAAGUGAUCUUUCCGAGACAGGACGAUGUGCUCAUCUCCUUCCUGCCUCUGGCUCACAUGUUUGAAAGAGUUAUACAGUCUGUAGUCUACUGCCAUGGAGGGCGAAUUGGGUUCUUUCAAGGGGAUAUUCGUCUCUUAUCUGACGAUAUGAAAGCGUUGCGUCCAACCAUCUUCCCUGUCGUGCCGCGGCUGCUGAACAGGAUGUACGAUAAGAUCUUCAGCCAGGCAGACACGUCCCUCAAGCGCUGGAUUCUGGAAUUUGCUGCAAAACGGAAAAAGGCUGAAGUUCAAAACGGGAUCAUUAGAAAUGACAGCUUGUGGGAUAAACUUUUCUUUAAUAAAAUACAGGCGAGUCUUGGCGGGUGCGUUCGCAUGAUAGUGACAGGCGCUGCCCCUGCGUCUCCGACCGUCCUGGGCUUCCUCCGUGCAGCCCUCGGGUGUCAGGUUUAUGAAGGUUAUGGCCAAACCGAAUGCACGGCGGGAUGUACCUUUACAACCCCGGGUGACUGGACAUCAGGUCACGUAGGAGCCCCUUUGCCCUGUAACUUAAUCAGAUUGAAGGAUGUGGAAGAGCUGAACUAUUUUGCUUCCAAAGGAGAAGGAGAGAUAUGUGUGAAAGGGCCGAAUGUUUUCAAAGGUUAUCUGAAAGAUGAAGAGAAGACAAUGGAAGCGCUGGACCAGGAGGGCUGGCUUCACACUGGAGACAUCGGGAAAUGGUUACCUAAUGGGACUCUUAAAAUCAUUGAUCGGAAAAAGCAUAUAUUUAAACUUGCUCAGGGAGAAUAUAUUGCACCGGAAAAGAUAGAGAAUAUCUAUAUCCGCAGUGACCCUGUUGCCCAGAUCUACGUCCACGGAGAUAGCCUGCAGGCCUUUCUGGUGGGAAUUGUGGUGCCCGAUUCUGAAGUUAUGCCAGGCUGGGCAAGGAAAAGAGGGUUUGAUGGAACAUAUGCAGAACUCUGUAAAAAUAAGGAACUGCAGCGGGCGAUAAUGGAAGACAUGGUACGGUUAGGUAAGGAGAGCGGACUUCAUUCCUUUGAGCAGGUCAAAGCCAUUUACAUUCACUCUGAUAUGUUCUCAGUACAAAACGGUUUGCUGACACCAACGUUAAAGGCUAAGAGACCAGAACUAAGAGAUUACUUCAAAAAACAAAUAGAAGAGCUAUAUUCAAGCAUCUCCAUCUGAAAGCACGGGAAGAAUGUGCUGAACAAUGGACUUCGUAGCAAUAUUAGAAUAACACUCAAAAAUACAGAGCCAGAAUGACACAGCUGAAAUGGAUAAGCAUCAUCUGAAAAUUACAUCUGAGCCUUUCGUUGUUCUAGGAUUUCACCACUAACCAUAAUCUUCCUUCUUUUUUCCAUCAGGUGUGAUACAAUUCAUUUUUUUUACCCUAUGUACACAGUAGGGUACUACUAAGAAUUACGCUAAAUCGCCACAAAAUAUACAGAAAUGUCAACCUAUGACCAAGUAAAUUAUGGAAACUUACCUUAUUGAUUAGGACUGUUUGUAGUUAUUAAAAUAGGGAAAAUGCCAGGUAUGUCUGUUGAUAUUUGGUUGUAUAUAACCUAAUGCGUUAGAACCUAAAAUUGUGGAUAAUUCAAUAAUGUGGUCUACCUCAAACAAUCAAUGAUUGAUGGUGAAAGUCUAUUUUCCCUGAUCUGGAACUUCAAGCUGGAUAUUGGGUUUAUAUAUUAAGUGAGAGGGUUUAUAUUUUCCAGGACAUGAAUUACAUUGAUUUGAUUUAAUCAUUAAUGACCUAACAAACAAUAGAAAUAGGAAUGAAUCCCCCGCUAUUUGUACUUAAUAGACCUAUUAGCAUAUUACAUCUAAGGGAUCGAUACUACCUUGAAAUUACAAGAACAGGGUAGGAAGCGGUAGGAUACAGUUCCCUCUUUUCCCUUUUCAUCUGAACUCGAUCCAUACACGGCAUGUUAGUGUUGCAUUAGGGCCUCCUUCAGCUCAGUACGCUCAUGGACAUCUCAACUACUCCAUCUGAGAAGGUUGCAAAAGCAUCGCUGGCUCUGUGGUGGCUUUCUGGGGGAGUUCACGUUAACCUGUACGCUCCUGGUCCCUAAUUUAUUACUUUCCAUGCUGCUAAUACUGCGUAGUCCAGUUGGACUAACUCCCUUUCAGAAACAAGUGCUCAAGGAACGGAGCACGAGGUAUCAGCUGCGAAUUCUGAAUGGGGCUUGGCAAAACAAAUUGGCUGGGGAGAAAGGCCAGCCUGAGAUGCAGCAGCGGGGGGCAUCCUUCGGCUGGCUGUGGAAGAGCAGGAAACACCGCUGCGAAAGGCCCGCCGGGGUGGGCGAAAGGCUGUGUUAGCCGCUGCCGUCGUGAGGCGUCACGGUACGGUAAAACAUGGGACGCGGUUGCAGAAAGGCCUGCUAGGAUGACAUCUCUACGUUCAGAUGUCUGGAAGCCUCAGUGCCCGCUGUCCUCACUUCCAGUGGCCUCUCUGGACUGAAGAGCGAGCGGUCUGGAUGCAACCGGAGAUUUCACGGCCAGCUGCAGCCGUUGGAAAGGGGCUGAGUCCCACGGGGAACAGGAGCAGACUCUGGAGCUCUCUCCUGAUAUAAAGCACGGUACAAAACGAUGAGAAAACUCUCACAUCAAGUCGCUUGAAUAUUUGGACUGUUGGUGGCUUCCUUCUGCUAAACAGGGUCCUAAAUAUAUUUGUGUAUUUUAAUAGCUGCUGUUUGUUGCACCAGUGCGUACUAGCAUGGAGCUGUGCCUGCUAGAUCUUCUUUGCUAGGACAGUGAAAGCACAAUUAUUUUCUCAAACUGGCAUCCACCAUAGACUGUUGAAGGUAAAAGUUUAAAUUUUUAAUCUAAAUGAUCUCUUAUUUUCCCUCUGAAAUUCCAUUGCAUGCUUCAAAAUGAAAUAAUUGGAAUUAAUGAGUUAGUGUUACACGAAGACUGAUUUCUUGCAGUAAUUUCAGAACAAAAUGAUACGAAGGAACCUGUAGCAGCUAAUUUAAUUACUCAUAUAAAGAACACGGCGUUUUCAUUUAUCAAAUGUGCAGGUAGUUUUCCAAAUCCCGAUUCCUCAUUUGAUUCCAGUGCAAUGACUCGUAUCAGUCCAAAGCAAGUAAGAAAUACCGCUGCUGUGAUCCGAUGGUAUCGUACGUUCAUUUUUCACCAGUGUAUACAGCAGCAGCAUCCCCGGGGAAUUUGCAUCUGCCACGCCUGCAGAGGAUAGGAAUUACUGUAUAAAAUCCGCCUCUUUGGGUCAAGUCCCAAAGGAUUUUCAUCUCUGCGGAGUCUAGUUCAUCUCCUUUUCGUGUCAGCCAAAAGACAGCCAUUACACACGCAUUGCUUAAAAGCAAUGAAGAAUUGGAGUCAGUACAGAUUCCUGUCUGGUUUAAUGCAAAAUAAUAAUAAUAA